GACGUGCCAACCUACAAGCUGCGCCCCAGUCACAUCCACGUCCAUGGUAUCAUCCGACGCGCAAGGGAGCGCCAAUCUCGCUUCGUACCAUUCACGUUAUAGCAGAUUGGCCAGCACAUCGGAUCCGGAAGUCAUCAUUCAUAUCAGUGACGACCUGUCUCCGCUUUUGCACACCCAACAAGGCCUGAGCAGUGACAGCAUAGCAGACUAUCAGACGUGAUGGUAAUGUCGACCCUAACACAAAUGUCCUGGACCAGAAUCCUGCUUCUGCGCCGGAUACGUCUGGCGCGUGGGCUAUGUGCGCCGAAGAGGUCUGGAAACAUGAAGAAGCCACAAUUCAAAACUGGAAGGAAGAGAUUGACACGAUGCUGGUUUUCGCGGGUUUGUUCUCUGCGAUCGUCGCCACAUUCAAUACUCAGUACUACCCGAAUCUUCAACCGGCCUUCCAAGCGCCAUCUGCGCCAGUAUUUUUCCUCAUCAUGUCAGCCAAUGUGACAACGCUUCCAGGGGGCAUCGAAAACUUCAACGGUACCAUUCAGGUGCCCGCAAGCGGGAUUAACGGCAUGGCAAUUGCCGUGAACACCCUGUGGUUCUCCGCACUCGUCUUCAGCCUCGCCGCUGCAUCCAUUGGCAUCAGUGUCAAACAAUGGCUCGAGCAUUACGUCGUCCCGCAGAGCGUUGUUCCGCGCCAGCGUGCCCAGAUCUGGCACUCCCGACGGCGAGGCCUGCUCGACUGGCACGUCCCCGAGAUCAUCACGUUGAUCCCGCUCCUCCUCCAGGUCGCUCUCGCAUUGUUCCUCGUAGGCAUGCUCAUCCUACUGUGGAGCAUGAGCUACAUCGUGGCUGGAAUCGUCCUGGCUCCGACGGCACUGCUCCUCGCGUUCACGGUGUACACGACCGCUGCGCCGACUGUCGCGAGCGAUUGUCCGUACCGGUCGCCCCAGGCGUGGCGCGUAUAUCAGGCGCUCCGCCGACUGACACAGCUCUUCACACUUGUCUCGAGGUUCGGGUUCUUUGAGGGUUGGAAGCUGUUUUUGUUCGCCGGGCGAGCGACGAAGCCAUGGGCGACCUGGGUCGACAGGGAGAAGGCCAAGCUGCGACGUCUCGGGAAGGGCGAAAGCAGCUUGGACGUGCUCGUUGCCGCAGACAAAUUCAUCGGUGGCGACACCUUCCUCGACCAGGUCGUCAGGCCCUGCCUCAACCAUGCCGAAAUCCACUCCGCGCUACCCAUCUUCUAUCGCAUCCUCCAGGAACGAGCCCACCUCAUCGAUACAACACCCGGGCAGAGACAGAUGCCGAAAUGGCUUGAAGACGAGAUGGACAACGGUUCCGUCGUCGUCAUGGGUCAUUUGGCAUUGGACAUGCUCCGCCGUAUUGAGGCGGAGGGUGGUAAGGAUGAUCAGCAACGCGAAGAGCUCAGGAUCCUCGAAUUACUCGGACGACUCCUGUCUGCUAUGCCCGUGACGGACUUCUCGGUCUACGAGGGUCUUGUCACUUGGUUUGUCGGUUCCGAACUCGCGCAGGAGCCUCGCAAAGAAGCCCUCGCGCUAAUCUGGCGGAACGCCCCAACAUUUCUUGUGGAACAUCCAGCGCUGUGCGUCUCCCUCGGCCACAUGUGCUUGGACAUGGUGGAACAGCUCCAACGGACUGGCGGCGACUCGGUGGCGCUCGCGAGUAGGCAAAGGGACAUCCUUCAAGCCUUGGAUCACGUCCUCUUUGCCACUCCUGCAACUCAGUCCUCUGUGUACGACCGUCUCUGCGCGUUGAUGCAAAUAACGGAUAUGUCUCGAGGGGCUAUAGAUGAAGUGGUCGAUGUGGCAUACCGCUACUCUGGACAAUUCCCGUCCAACGAACAGAACAUUCAAAUGUUGAGCUCUUGUAUGCGACCAAUGCAAGACGAGAACGACCCUGUACCCGCGAUGUCGUUGCUAUCCGCUGUCCUUGUCAUGUCAGCCAAACUACCCAACCCCGAUGCAUCCCUCAUCGAGAACGCACUGAUCUCCGCCACUGGAAACUCGAGUGCGGAGACAGUCACCACGAUAGCUCAGAAGCUGGAGAGCAAGGCCGUCUGGUGGGUCGUAUGCAGACUGGUGGACGGAUGUAUAGCCGUUGCCAAACGCGAUGUUCAAUUGCUGCCGCCGGGGGGCUUCGGUGCGCUGGAAGCACUGGUAUCCCUUUGCGAUGCGAUGGUGUCGCCCGCCAACGGUAUUGCGCUCCUCGGGAUACGUCAGCGACUGCAUGUCCUGCGAGACGUGCUGGAAGGCAGAUCGAAUGCUGAAGAGAUUACGGAUGUGGAAGUUCUCAUGAACCGACCCUCGACGGCACAUAGCAUAGCUGCAAGGCGACAGCGACGGUCACAUUCAACAGAUUCGCUGGCGGCGAUGGAGUAAACGUAGCCCGACAGUCGAUCCUUGUAUUACAUAGA